UGAUUAUUACUAAAAAAAAAUAAAAAGGUAAAAAAACAAAAGUGAUAGAAGAAUAAACAAACAAGAGAAGAGAAACAUAUCUAAUCAAGAUCAAUUUUUGCAUUAAUACUAAUACUAGGAGUAGUGGUAGUUGCAGUAGCAACGUUUGAUUUUUAAGACUUCGGUUUUUUGUUGUGAUGUAAGCAAAUUGUGGCGAAUUUGUGGGCGAGAGAGGCAGAGACAGACACAGAGCCCAAUUUCAAUUUAGAUUCUGAACCCAACACCUCUCUUUCGCUUUCUUGCCUCCUCUCAGGUCAUGGCAGGGAAGAAAAUUAUAGCGAUAUGUCAGUUAGGAGGAGAAUUUGAGACAAAUAGAGAUGGUUCAUUGUCGUACAGAGGUGGUGAUGCUCAUGCUAUAGACGUUGAUGACCAAAUGAAGUUUAAUGAGUUUAAGAUGGAAGUGGCAGAAAUGUUUAAUUGUAGCAUUGAUACCAUGUAUAUUAAAUACUUCCUUCCUGGCAAUAAGAAGACUCUCAUUACGAUUUCCAAUGACAAAGAUCUAAAGCGCAUGAUAAAGUUCCAUGGAGACUCUGUUACUGCUGAUGUUUAUGUCAUUAUGGAAGAAAUUGUUGCUCUUGAUGUAUCAAACUUGCCUGCCAGUAGGUCAAGCAGAACAACUUUGUCAGAAACUGUUCUUCCAGUUGAUGCCCCCCUUGACAUUGUAGAUGGUAUUGUGGAUGAUACCACCCAGCCUGAAGUCACCCUUGAUGCUGCUCUUGAUAUUGUAGAUGAUACCAAUCAUGUUGACACCCAUAUGAUCAUACCUGCUGAAAUUUCUCCCAUUUUCUCUAUAGUUAGUUCCAAUGAUGAGAAGCAUGCUAAAGGUGCACAGCAGUGGCAGAAUACCAUUACAGGUGUGGGGCAAAGGUUCAACAGUGUUCAUGAAUUUCGUGAGUCUCUGCGUAAAUAUGCAAUUGCACAUCAGUUUGCAUUCAGGUACAAGAAGAAUGAUAGUCAUCGUGUGACUGUCAAAUGCAAAGCAGAAGGCUGUCCUUGGAGAAUACAUGCCUCAAGGUUGUCAACCACUCAAUUAAUAUGUAUUAAAAAGAUGAAUCCAACGCAUACGUGUGAGGGGGCUGUUGCAACAACAGGGCAUCAGGCAACUAGGAGCUGGGUUGCUAGUAUUAUUAAGGAGAAGUUGAAAGUUUUCCCGAAUUAUAAGCCCAAGGAUAUUGUCAAUGACAUCAAACAGGAAUAUGGAAUACAACUGAACUACUUCCAGGCAUGGCGUGGGAAAGAAAUUGCAAAGGAGCAGCUUCAGGGUUCAUACAAAGAAGCUUAUAAUCAGUUACCUUUUUUCUGUGAGAGGAUAAUGGAGACCAAUCCAGGAAGUCUGGCUACAUUCACCACUAAGGAAGACUCAAGUUUCCAUCGUCUCUUUGUCUCGUUCCAUGCCUCGUUAUACGGUUUCCAACAAGGUUGUCGGCCUCUUCUUUUUCUUGAUAGCAUACCCUUAAAGUCAAAAUAUCAAGGCACGCUGUUAGCUGCAACAGCAGCAGAUGGAGAUGAUGGUGUAUUUCCUGUUGCUUUUGCAGUAGUUGAUGCAGAAUCUGACGAUAAUUGGCAUUGGUUCUUGUUACAAUUGAAAUCUGCCCUCUCAACAUCUUGUCCAAUAACAUUUGUGGCAGACAGACAGAAGGGGUUAAGGGAGUCCAUUGCUGAUAUAUUUACAGGCUCGUACCAUGCAUACUGCCUACGUUACUUGACUGAGCAAUUUAUUAGAGACUUAAAAGGGCAGUUUUCUCAUGAGGUGAAGCGACUCAUGGUUGAGGAUUUUUAUGCUGCUGCUUAUGCACCUACGCCUGAAAGCUUCCAAAGAUCUAUUGAAAGCAUUAAAAGUAUUUCUCUUGAAGCUUACAAUUGGAUUGUACAAAGUGAACCCCUGAACUGGGCAAAUUCAUAUUUUCAUGGUGCCAGAUAUAACCAUAUGACAUCAAACUUUGGGGAGCUAUUCUAUAGUUGGGCUUCAGAUGCACAUGAAUUACCAAUAACACAGAUGGUUGAUGUGAUAAGGGGCAAGAUUAUGGAGUUGAUUUACACACGGCGAGCAGAUUCCAUCCAGUGGUUGACUAGACUAACUCCAUCCAUGGAGGAAAAACUCAAAAAGGAAAACCAUAAAGUUCCUCCCCUUCAAGUGCUACUGUCAGCUGGUAGCACAUUUGAGGUUCGUGGUGACACCAUUGAAAUGGUUGAUAUUGAUCAUUGGGAUUGUAGUUGCAAAGGGUGGCAGUUAACUGGUUUACCAUGCUGCCAUGCAAUUGCUGUUCUUGGUUGCAUGGGUCGGAGCCCAUAUGAUUAUUGUUCCAGAUACUUCACAACGGAGAGCUACAGAUUAACUUAUUCAGAGUCUGUAAAUCCUAUUCCAAAUGCGGACGUGCCUGUGCUAAAAGAUUCUUCUCAGCUCACUGUAACUGUAACCCCACCUCCCACCCGCCGCCCACCAGGCCGGCCCACUACGAAGCGGUAUGGAUCACAAGAGGUAGUGAAACGUCAACUCCAGUGCAGCAGAUGCAAGGGUCAUGGACACAACAAGUCCACUUGCAAAGAGUUCAUUUAGAGUUUUAGACAUUGAUUGCACCAAAGGACAGUGCGCAUCACAAUCUUGUACAUCUAACAACUCUUUUGGAGUGGAUGAAAAAUAGACCUGUAAUUUAGUUUAAAAUAACCAAGCCAUGGGACCUGAUGUAUGCAAUGGAAGUGUUAGAGAAGGUAGUUUCUCUUGUUAUUCUGUGUCUUACUAACUUCAGUUUUUGCUAGUAUAAGUGACAUUUAGCGACUGUGACAUAUAAUAAUAUAUAAAGAUUUU